GAACCGGAGGCGCAACUGGUGCGAGGUCUCGGUCGUCGCCGCGUGGUCAGCCCCAGCUCGCCGCCGCCGGGCCUCCGGCCGCGCGCCCGCCGGGUGGCUUUGCAAGGCGGGGGCCUGUUUGCAGAGAGCCGGACAUUUGCAUGAAGCGACUCGACCCCACAGAGCAGCGGCAGCAGCGGCGGACCCCGGCGGCGGCGGCGGCGGCUCGCGGUCCGAGCCGGGUGUCCCGGGUCUCCGGGCCCCGGUGGAUGCGCGGCUGGGGUGGGGCCAAUGGGCCGGAGCUGAGGCUGCCCUGGGCGUCCAGGCGCGGGGCGGGGGGCGCGGUCGAGGCCCGGAGGCGGCGGCGCAGGAGGAAGCGGAGGAGGACGGGCGCGCCGGGCCCAGGAGGCAGGCAGCGCAGCGCUGCCGCCACAGCUCCGGGCUCGCCAUGCUCCUGGCCUCGGCCGUGGUUGUCUGGGAAUGGCUGAACGAGCACGGGCGCUGGCGACCCUACAGCCCGGCCGUGAGCCACCACAUCGAGGCGGUGGUCCGCGCCGGCUCCCGCGCCGGGGGCAGCGUGGUGCUGGGCCAGGUGGACAGCCGUCUCGCGCCCUACAUCAUCGACCUGCAGUCUAUGAACCAGUUCCGCCAGGACACGGGGACCCUCCGUCCGGUUCGUCGCAACUACUACGACCCAUCCUCGGCCCCUGGGAAGGGCGUGGUGUGGGAGUGGGAGAACGACAAUGGCUCUUGGACUCCCUACGACAUGGAAGUGGGCAUCACCAUCCAGCACGCCUAUGAGAAGCAGCACCCCUGGAUCGACCUCACCUCCAUCGGCUUUAGCUACAUCAUUGACUUCAGCACCAUGGGCCAGAUCAACCGACAGACCCAGCGCCAGCGCCGCAUCCGCAGGCGUCUCGACCUCAUCUACCCCAUGGUCACCGGCACCUUGGCCAAGGCUCAGUCCUGGCCGGCCAGCCCCGGCGCGGCUGCCUCGCCCCCCGCCCCGCCCUGCUCCUGCCCACAGUGUGUCCUGGUGAUGAGUGUUAAGGCGGCUGUGGUCAAUGGGGGCACCGGGCCCCUACAGCCCCCAGCAGCCCGCAAGCACAUGCCCCCAUCCGGAGCGGUCAAGCUGCCCCCACCCCCAGGCCCCGGGGCCAAGCCACUGGACAGCACGGGCACCAUUCGCGGCCCGGUGAAAACUGUCCCGUCGCAGGUGAGCCGACGACCGGCGUCCAGCAUGCCGGCUGGUGCAAUCGUGGGCUCCCCAGCCAGCCCCCCAGGAGUCAGUGGCAAGACUGGAAGUGUGGCCCUGGCAACCUUGAAUCGCACCAACCUGCAGCGACUGGCCAUCGCCCAGUCCCGGGUGCUGAUCGCCUCCGGGGUCCCCACUGUCCCAGUGAAGAACUUAAAUGGGUCCAGCCCUGUAAAUCCUGCCUUGGCAGGAAUCACUGGGAUCCUCAUGAGUGCAGCGGGGUUGCCUGUGUGCCUCACCAGGCCGCCAAAGCUGGUCCUACACCCGCCCCCGGUCAGCAAGAGUGAAAUAAAAUCCAUCCCAGGGGUUUCCAACACAAGCCGCAAGACCACCAAAAAACAAGCCAAGAAAGGCAAAACCCCAGAAGAAGUGCUGAAGAAGUAUCUGCAGAAAGUCCGGCACCCGCCAGAUGAGGACUGCACCAUCUGUAUGGAGCGCCUGAUGGCCCCCUCGGGCUACAGGGGCCCGCAGCCCACGGUCAAGCCUGACCUGGUGGGAAAGCUGUCCAGGUGCGGCCACAUCUACCACAUCUACUGCCUGGUCGCCAUGUACAACAAUGGGAACAAGGAUGGGAGUUUGCAGUGUCCAACUUGUAAGACCAUUUAUGGGGUGAAGACAGGCACCCAGCCUCCGGGGAAGAUGGAGUAUCAUCUCAUCCCCCACUCCUUGCCUGGCCACCCAGACUGCAAAACCAUCCGGAUCAUCUACAGCAUCCCCCCUGGGAUUCAGGGGCCAGAACACCCAAACCCCGGGAAGAGUUUCAGCGCCCGUGGCUUCCCGCGACACUGUUACCUUCCAGACAGUGAGAAAGGGAGAAAAGUUCUGAAGCUGCUGCUUGUUGCCUGGGAUCGCCGCCUCAUCUUUGCCAUUGGUACCUCCAGCACCACGGGCGAGUCAGACACUGUCAUCUGGAAUGAGGUCCAUCACAAGACAGAGUUCGGCUCCAAUCUCACUGGCCAUGGCUACCCAGAUGCCAAUUACCUGGAUAACGUGCUAGCCGAACUGGCAGCCCAGGGCAUCUCUGAGGACAGUACUGCCCAGGAGAAGGACUGAGGCUGGAGAAGCUUUGGGGUGGGAGGGACUGAGGGGACCGCAGGGCAGGGGAGAAUCAAGGUGGAAGUUCAUGCCAUGCCUUCCCAACUCCCUCAUCUCCCCUCCUGACCUGUCCCUAUCCCUCCCGUCCCUCCCAACCCUCCCAACCACAGGGGGAGCCAGAUAGCAUUAAGGUGACGUCGUUCAUAAACCUCAUCCAACACAAAGGGGACAUGGGUUGAGGGCCCUCCUUGGUCUGUUCCCAUGGAGUUUUGGUGCUGGGCAGGCAGGAACCCCCUCUCCACCCCCAGAGCAGGGGGCUGGGUCAGCACACUUGGGGUAUGGAUGGUGCAUGGGCACUGCCUACCCUGGCCUUGUGAAGCCUGCGGCUGAUUGCCUCAGCUGGCUUCUUGCUGCUUCCACUCUGCCUUGAGAAUGGAGUUUCCACUUUUCUCUCCUCCACUGGAGGCAGAGAGCUCUCACUGUGCAAGUUUGGGGGACAAAAGGGAAGAACCGCUAAACUGCUGUGACAUCAGAAAUCAGAUGCCUUGGUAUAGGGUAAGGAUGCACUUCUUGCUGAGAGGGGCAGGGAGGCAAAGGUCUCUGGGAGCAGUUCAGCUCUCUUAAUAGUUCUUAGCUUCUCUGGGGCCUCCCUCCUCACACCUUUGACCCGUUGUGCGGAUGGCUGGACUCUGGGAUUCCUCUCUGGGGUGGCAACCCAUGAUGCUGUUUCCAGCUACUCUGAUCAGACCAGAGCCUGCAUCCCACUUAGCAUCUGAACCGUCCUCAGGGAGAGGAGCCCAUAGCCUUCUUCCAGACUCAUUCUAGACCAGCUCAAAGAGUCCAUGAAUAUCAUUAUGUCACUGUGAGUAGAGCCACCACUAGGCUCUGUGCAUGUGUGUAUGUGCAUGUGUGUGUGUGUGUGUGCACAACUGGGCAAGGUUGGUGGGGAGUCCCAUGUUCCUGUACUCUGUUUCACGAGAUGUCAAACCCAGUUCUGAAGGGGAAUCAAACAUCCAGGGUGUGGUUCCUUGACUUUCCUUUGCUAACUCAUCCUGUAGCAAACUUGGACCCUGAUGGAGAGAGAACUGUGCUUGGAGAGCUCUUUCAAGAUUGGAGCAGAGCCCAUUUCCAUCCAGUCUUGUUUUUCUGAGGGAUUCAGUCUAUCUCAAUGCUGAUCAGAGCCCAGAAAAGGUGCUGGGCCCCUCAUCCUGCUUGUCUAUUACAGCUUGACCGAGAACAUGGAUGGAGCACCUGUAGCUUAUUCCUAAUAGGGUUGAGAUCACAUUUUCAUGAGGUCCAACCUGCUUCUGAUUGUGUCUUAAGACCCAUUCCAUCCCUUCCCCAAUAUUCUUCUUGCCUUCAGCUCCCAUUAAGGAAUGAGUUGGUGUCAGGAAGGAGUGAAAAGGGAUCAAGAAGGGAAACCCAAUUACUCCUUUGAUAGUGGGUUCUUUGAACUAUGUGUUUGGGAGAACUUCCUCUGGAUACUAAUAUGAAUUUAUAUACCUCAAGUUUGGGGAGUCUGACGUAAAUAUAUAUGCAUAUAUAUUUCAUAAUGUUUGGAAGGUCUUUGAUGCUAGAAAAACUGAAACAAAAGAACCUCCAAAAAUAGUACUUAAGUUAGAACUGGAGACCAAACUUUCAUGAGAGCCAGCCCCAUAGCUACUUGUUAGGCCUGCAGCCUUUUCGAUGUUGGUGUGGUCAGUGGAUUCACCUGGUGAGUGUCACCUAGUUCCUCGGGACAUGCUGGUGCUGAGCCUUUCCUCCCUUUCCAAGUGGCCAUGGGGACGUCAGUCAGCUCCACGAGGGGGAGCUCUUAGAGGACGUAUCGUUCCUGCCAUCUUAGUUCCAGGUUCUCCUAUCAGCGGGCAGCUGUUUUAUCUUGCCAGCAGACAAGGCAGUUGGUCCUGAGUUCACUGGCAGUUUCUGGCCCUAGAUGGGAAGGAAACAUCUGAACUAAAGGGAAGAGACAUCUCUACGGUGUUUAAUGCCGAGUCCCAUUCCCUUUGCCAGGUUAUCAUAUACCAGGGGAGCCAAGAGUUUCCUUGGAGUCCUUUGAUCCUCAUUGAAGGCUAGUACCAUCUCCACCUUCAGUACCCUGCCGGGCUUCUCACCCACAGGGACAAGGAAACAGACUGAGGGUCCAUGGGUAGAGAAACACAACUGAGGCAGUAGGAGGUGGGGAAGGAAGGAAGUCAUGCUUUGACAACUGGAAUGGGUAGUGUGGGAAAGAGGGAUUUCCCUGCAUCAGGUGGGAGAAAGUGGAGGUUGGGAAGGUGAAGGCCAAGCACAGAAGAAGGAGGAUCCAGAGGCUGUUUACGGGAGUCGGGACACCAGGGCCAAUGGCACUUUAAGAGUUCAUCUUCCUUCCUUCAAGCCUUCCCUUGCUAGGAUUUCGAUGAUGUCUUUGCUUCUCCUCCUCUUUGAGGGUGUUCAGAAGGGGCUCCUUUAUCCUCACACUGCUCUCCUGGAACUUUCUGGCCAGAAGGGAUGUUGAAUUUCCCCUCUAAUGCUGUGCCAGCCAAGGAGGGGCAUUCUUUUUUUCUUUCUCUUCAGCCAACCUGGAAAGGUAGUCUCAGGUUGAGCAGGAACCUGGCCAGCAGAGGCUUUGUGGGCCCCCUACUUGGAUGCCAGGAGCAUUUUCCCUGACAGAUGCCCUGCCUUGCUCCCCUGGCCCUUGGGGCAAUGACAAGCCUUUCUUUUCAUCAUCUUAGCACCAGCAGCCUAGUUUCUCCCUUCCUGAGUCUCUGGGCACAACAAACAAGAUUGGAGACAAACCUUGUCAGAAGCUCAUCCUUUAAGAGGUGAAUUGUGCAUAUGUGGUUGCGUGUGCCUUUGUGUUUUCAUUCUCCCCUUUUUGUAAAAUUUGGACUUCUCUGUGGUUUUAUACUUGUCCUGGUAUUGCACUGAUGUGCACAUGAGAGAGCUGAGGAAAGCCUGUCUGGAACAGGAAAGGGCCCUGGGCCCCUUUCCUUGUGGGUGGGCACUGGCAUUUAUGGGGGGGCUUUGGGGAGUGGGCAGGUGAAUGUCCUACUGUAAAUUGUUCUGUUUGUAACUGGUGCGUUCUGAAGUCCUUAGUGUUGCUCUGUGAGAGGACAUCGCCACCUGGUGCUCAUGAUGUGUAUGUGCAGAACAAUAAAUGGCAAAUGAACAACCACAAA